AUGACCGGUUCGCUCACGUCUUCAGUCAAGAACGAGAAAGCUUCGGACAAACAACUCGAAACUGCUAGUGAUUAUGAAUUUGGCGGAGAGUCACAAUUACCUCGUCCUCCCGUUCUUUCCGAAGACAAUGAGCGUAAAUUAUGGAGGAAGAUUGACCUCCGUUUGAUGCCCAUACUCUGCGUGAUGUACCUCAUGUCUUUUAUGGAUCGCGAGGCAACCGCCGCUUCGUCUUGA